AUUUACCGACACAGCUACGGAGAACCGGGGGGAGAACGGCGAAGAGAACCGGACACCACAACAGGCGCUUCAUUUGUUAUGUUCUCCUUCCUGCCCCUUUGCGUCCGUCUGAGGAUGCUUUGCGGCGGGAGCUCCCCGUUGUAGUGUCCGGUGACAGGACGGCGUAAAGCAGCGGUCCGGUGUGGUUGAGGGAAGGAUAAGCGGUGCCCCGUAGGGGUACAAAAGGCGGCAUCAUGUCGGACACUAGACGCCGGGUGAAAGUCUACACUCUGAACGAAGACCGCCAGUGGGACGACAGGGGCACCGGGCACGUCUCGUCCACUUACGUAGAGCGACUGAAGGGAAUGUCUCUGCUGGUUCGGGCAGAAUCUGACGGUUCCUUGCUUUUAGAAUCCAAGAUAAAUCCGAACACUGCAUAUCAGAAGCAGCAGGAUACUCUGAUAGUUUGGUCUGAAGCAGAAAACUAUGACUUGGCUCUCAGUUUUCAAGAAAAAGCUGGCUGUGAUGAAAUCUGGGAAAAAAUAUGCCAGGUUCAAGGUAAGGACCCAUCUGUAGAAGUCACACAGGAUCCUAUUGAUGAGUCUGAAGAAGAACGUUUUGAGGAGAUGCCUGAAACUAGUAACUUAAUCGAUCUUCCUACAUGUGAACUCAGUAAACUUGAAGAGAUUGCUGACCUAGUUACCUCGGUACUUUCCUCGCCCAUUCGUAGAGAGAAGCUAGCAUUAGCCUUGGAAAAUGAGGGCUACAUCAAAAAACUGUUGCAACUCUUCCAAACCUGUGAAAACUUGGAUAAUACAGAAGGCUUGCACCAUUUAUAUGAAAUUAUAAGAGGAAUCUUAUUUCUCAAUAAAGCCGCGCUGUUUGAGGUGAUGUUUUCGGACGAGUGUAUUAUGGAUGUUGUAGGAUGCUUAGAGUAUGACCCAGCUUUGGCUCAGCCGAAAAGACAUCGGGAAUUCUUGACCAAAACUGCAAAAUUUAAGGAAGUUAUACCUAUUACAGACUCAGAACUUAGGCAAAAGAUCCACCAAACAUACAGGGUACAGUACAUUCAGGAUGUUAUCUUACCUACCCCAUCUGUCUUUGAGGAAAAUUUCCUUUCUACGCUCACAUCUUUUAUUUUCUUCAACAAAGUAGAGAUUGUCAGCAUGUUACAGGAAGAUGAAAAGUUCCUCUCUGAAGUGUUUGCACAGUUAACAGAUGAAGCUACAGAUGAUGACAAAAGACGUGAACUGGUGAAUUUUUUUAAGGAGUUUUGUGCGUUUUCCCAGACAUUACAACCUCAAAAUAGAGAUGCAUUCUUCAAAACCUUAGCAAAUUUAGGAAUUCUUCCUGCCCUUGAAAUAGUCAUGGGCAUGGACGAUUUGCAAGUAAGGGCGGCUGCUACGGAUAUAUUUUCUUAUCUAGUAGAGUUUAGUCCAUCUAUGGUUCGAGAAUUUGUCAUGCAAGAAGCCCAACAGAGUGAUGAUGACAUUCUUCUUAUUAAUGUUGUCAUCGAGCAGAUGAUUUGUGACAGUGACCCAGAGCUUGGAGGGGCUGUUCAACUAAUGGGACUCCUUCGGACUCUGAUAGACCCUGAGAACAUGUUGGCAACAGCUAAUAAAACGGAGAAGAGUGAAUUUUUGAACUUCUUUUAUAACCAUUGUAUGCAUGUACUUACUGCUCCUCUCCUGGCCAACACAUCUGAAGAUAAACUGGAGAAAGAUGCAGUUUUUGGCUCUAUCAAGACCAGCACAGUUUGUCCAGAUAACUACCAGACUGCCCAGCUGCUUGCCUUAAUUCUAGAAUUACUUACAUUUUGUGUGGAGCAUCAUACCUAUCACAUCAAAAACUACAUUAUGAACAAGGAUUUGCUGCGGAGGGUGCUAAUUCUAAUGAACUCAAAGCAUACCUUUCUAGCUCUUUGCGCUUUACGUUUUAUGAGAAGGAUAAUUGGCUUGAAGGAUGAGUUUUACAACCGCUACAUCAUAAAGGGGAACCUCUUUGAUCCAGUUAUUAAUGCACUUCUGGAUAAUGGAACAAGAUACAAUCUCUUAAACUCUGCCAUAAUUGAACUGUUUGAAUUUAUACGAGUGGAAGAUAUCAAGUCUUUAACAUCACACAUAGUAGAAAACUUUUAUAAAGCACUUGAACCCAUUGAAUAUGUUCAAACGUUUAAAGGACUGAAAACUAGAUAUGAGCAAGAAAAGGAUCGUCAAAGUCAGAAGCUAAGCAGCGUACCAUCUAUAUUGCGCAGUAACAGAUUUCGGAGGGAUGCAAGAGCACUGGAGGAUGAUGAAGAGUUGUGGUUUAAUGAAGAUGAUGAAGAGGAAGGGGAAGCAGUCGUACCUCCCGUGGAAAAAACGAAACCAGAGGAUGACUUUCCUGAAGGUUAUGAAAAAUUUCUGGAAACUAAAAAAGCGAAAGAGCUUGAAGAUAAAGAAAAUCUUCCAAAGAGGACAUCUGUUGGAGCGUUUAAAUUCACCUUCUCUCAUUCGGUUAGUGCAGCUAAUGGGGCAAAUAGUACAAACAGCAAGUCUGUGGCAGCUCACACACCACCAGCAACUUCUAAUGGAUCUUCCUCCAAAAAUACAAGCCUGACAACUACAGUGGCAUCUACUAAGGGGAGUCUUAUCGGCCUAGUGGAUUAUCCAGAUGAUGAAGACGAAGAAGAGGAGGAAGACGCAUCCCCUAGAAAAAGACCUCGUCUCGGUUCAUAAAACAAAACUGACAAAUAUUAUUUGGGGAUUCUUAAAUGACGCAACUGAUGUUCCAUAAGCUUAAUGAAUCGGCUCCCCCCCCUUGAAACAGCGUGGACUUAGCCAGACAGCUGUGCAGGGAGGUGACGGAAGCUUCCAUGGAGCCUUUCUAGUAUUUCAGGGUGGGUUACCGACGACAACCUCGACUGCGGCUUGAACGCAAAAUACGCCUCUAGUGUUUGAGAAGGGGGCAAAGUGGAACAUUUAUAUUGAAAUGCAAUGUUGCAGGUUUGCCCGAACGAUGUAAGUCCUCUGACGAAAUAAAAGCAAAACGCUUUUCAGUUGCACACCCAGUAAUCUUCUAAUUUUUUUUAUUUUUCUUUUUAAAAUGGUGCUGGCCAUAGUGUUUUAUCAAUCGCCUAUUUUUAAUGUCCGUUGAAGGGAAACAAAAAUGUGUUAUUAAAGAAAUUAAACCUU